CCCGCCAGAUUCACUCAAGAUGGCAGCCCGGCGCGAUCUGAGGUGGUCGCGACUGUUGUGGAGAUUGUGGCAGCCCCGGGGGGUUCCACAAAACCCGAGAUCGGGCCUGGGCCCAGAAGUGAGGACUUACACCCGGAGCGACGGCCCGUACUCUCGCACGGCGCUCUAUGAUCUGCUCGGCGUUUCCCCCACGGCCACGCAGGCGCAAAUCAAGGCGGCUUACUACCGGCAGAGCUUCCUCUACCACCCGGACCGCAACUCGGGGAGCGCUGAGGCUGCCGAGCGCUUCACGCGCAUCUCCCAGGCUUACGUGGUGCUGGGCAGUACCACCUUGCGUCGCAAGUAUGACCGCGGCCUGCUGAGCGACGAGGACCUGCGCGGUCCGGGCGUCCGGCCUUCCAAGACGCCCGCCGCCGACCCCGAGAAACCCCGUACUCCUCCGCCCGGCCCUCGGGCCCAUGGCCGCGGUCCGGCCUCGCCGGGAGCCAAGCGCACCAUGUUCGACUUUGACGCCUUCUACCAGGCGCACUACGGUGAGCAGCUGGAGCGCGAACGGCGCCUGAGGGCGCGCCGGGAAGCCUUCCGCAAGAUGCAGGAAGACCGGGCCAAGAAGGGCUUACGCUGGGACGAGACCCGAGACUUGGCUUUCGUUCUCGUUCUGCUCACCGUCUUCCUCAUCGUGAGCUCUCGUAUUUAAUCGCAGAGUGGAGGGCAGGGGAGCAGCCCCCAGCCAACACCCUCCCGCCCCCCUCCCCCAGGACAAUGGCCUUGCGUGUCAUCUUGAACCCCUUGCCUCACAUUGUCUACCUCUGCUGGGGCCCGAAGGAACUGCUCUCCCCCUUCUGUUCCACACCUGGCCAGCUUAGCCAUUGACCUGCGCGUCCCUAUCCCCACCCUGCUCCAGAAAAGGAGGCUUUUUGAUGCUCGAGAAAACAUGCCCCUCAUGAAGAGUCUUGAAAGCCCGAGAGUGAGGGGUUUUCUGGAGGCCCUGGGGUGCCUGCUUCCAGAUGUUGUUAACUUCCGGAACACUUGCUCUGGCUUUCUUGUAAAGCUCCGGGCGAGACUCGUCUGCCCCUGCCCCUUGUGUGUAGCGUGGGGCUCCUGUGUAACCUUGAAACGUGCAAUGUGACCAGUUGUGACUGCCAAAACAAACAAAUCUGGGGUCUUAGGAAACUUGCCUUUCUGUGAGUUCCCCAAGCCACAGCCACAGCCCGAAGCUGAGACACCAAGGGUGGAGCCCAAGUGAGUGGCCACCACACCCACUUUGGGGAAAAUGGCGAGGAGGAGGGGUCUUGUCUCGGGCCUUUGGGCGUCCUGGAAGGUCAUCAGAUCCCGUGAAGAGAGACUGAGAGGAGGGAAGCCGCGGCAAGCUGGUUUCCCCCAAGUGGAAGAAUUUCAAAGGCCUCAAGCUGCUGUGCAGGGACAAGAUCCGCCUCAACAACGCCAUCUGGAGGGCCUGGUACAUCCAGU